AUGAUGUGGUGUUGGUGCCAUCAGAUGGGGUUUGUUUGUCCUGUUCCGAAUCCAACUGUUCAGUUGGCUGGUAAUGUUGAUGCUGAUUUGAUGAUUGCUGGUGGAACUGAAGCUGCCAUUAUUCCCAUUAGAGUGGGAGGUUUUGUCGCAUGUGGAGCUUUGUCUCAAAGAAACGAUGAUCCAACACAAAAUGCAUUUGAUGAGGUAUUGAUGAAAGGGAGGAAUACCGAGGACGAGGCCAUGCCCCACAAACAAUUGUCGCGUGAUGUGUUGCAUAAUCUGUGCUCAGAUUGCCAGAUUGCAAGGGAGCCCCCACAAAUUCUUUUUAUCUUUGCCCCACAUCAUAUGUUUAUUUUUAUCUCAGUUCUUGGAUGGCUAAUGUUGUAG